UCCAUCAGGAGGUAAGUUUCAAGUUGUCUCAUUGUUAGAGAGGCUACAUUUGAUUUUUGGUUAACUUGGUGGCUACUAGAUCUUUCGUUGUAAAAGACAUUUUCCCUUUGCAGUUAGCAAGUAAUCUGUGGGUGAUUCUUUGCAACAUUCUAUUUAUUUCCAUGUUUGUGUUGAUUAUUCUGUCUCCCCGCUGAGAUUAGAACCUAGCCUGUCUGACUUGAUAGCCCAUACCUCACCCUUAUCUCAGCAUCUUCUUUCUCUCACCUGGCAUUAUGGUUAUAUGUGUCUGUUCUCUUAGUUUGUGAGCUUAUCAGAGACAGCAACUUUUUCUUACCCACCUUUCUAUCCCGUUUAGCACUUUAGAUUCACAAUAGCUACAUAGUGAUGUUUGUCUCAGACCAGCAAAGAAGCAUCAGAAACCCACCAAGAAACCCAGACUGUCGAGGUUCUAGCCAUAGAGUUGGAAAAGAUCUUGGCACAAUGAGUAACUCUUCUUCAGAUACCUGUGGAGACCCCCAGAGUGCCUCCUUACCUUCAGAUCGGGUGCUCUCGAUGGCCUUGCCCAGGAAGGCCUCUCUCAGUACUCCUGAUACCCCAGUCCUUAAAGACUUUCCCCAGAAUGACGAUGAAAAGGAGCGACUGCAGCGGAGGCGCUCCAGGGUCACUGACCUGCAGCUCAAUGCCGACUCGCCUCAUUUCCUGGCCUCCCCCUCCAGCAGGAGUAUUGAUGUUUCAGCUAUGACUCCUAAGUUUACGAACACACAGAUUGCAGAGCAUUACUCCACGUGUAUCAAACUAUCCACUGAAAAUAAAAUCACUACCAAGAAUGCAUUUGGCUUGCACUUGAUUGAUUUCAUGUCAGAGAUUCUUAAACAGAAAGACACCGAACCGACCAACUUUAAAGUGGCUGCUGGCACUCUGGAUGCCAGCGCCAAGAUCUAUGCUGUGCGUGUAGAUGCUGUCCACACUGACGUAUUCAGAGUCCUUGGGGGACUGGGCAAAGAUGUGCCGUCUCUGGAAGAAGUCGAGAGCCAAGGUGCAGAUGGAAGUGCUGCUGAAAUGGGAGCCGGCCGAAAGCCUCCAAAGCCAAAGAAGAAGCACUCAUACAAAACCAUCGAGCAGAACGUGAGCAACCUCAAUGUCCCUGAGGCGGAUCGGAAGUGCGAGGUUGACCCCAUGUUUCAGAGGACUAUAGCCUCAUUCGAUGAGUGCAGCACAGCAGGAGUCUUUCUCUCCACCCUCCACUGCCACGACUACAGGAGUGAGCUGCUUUUUCCUUCCGAUGUCCGGGUGCUCUCCACUGAGGCCCCUCUCGAGUUCCCAGAUUUAGGUUGGGUGGACAUGACGGAUUUAAAAGCGCCCUUGCAGCAGUGUGCCGAAGAUCGCCAGAUCUGCCCUUCCCUGGCCGGCUUCCAGUUCACUAAUUGGGACAGUGAAACACAUAAUGAGUCGGUGUCGGCCCUGGUAGACAAGUUUAAGAAGAAUGACGAGGUGUUCGACAUCAACGCCGAGGUGGAGGAGAGUGACUGCGGGGACUUCCUGAAGGGGCCCCUGGAAGACGACUUUGAUGAUAACGAUGAACCCGACCACACCACAGCUGGGGACCCCGAAGAAGUCAGGAGCUCAGAGGAGCCCUGCCACGUUCAGAGCUGCCAGGAAGAAAUGAUUCCCCUCGGGGAUGGAGACAUUACGACCAUGUGCCCUCUUCUUUCCAUGAAACCUGGAGAAUAUUCUUAUUUCAGUCCCCGUACCAUGUCAAUGUGGGCUGGCCCGGAUCACUGGCGCUUUAGACCCCGACACAAACACGAUGCUGCCUCACAAGCAGAGAACAGAAAGAAGAGUACAAAGAAAGAUUUUGAAAUCGACUUUGAUGAUGAUAUUGACUUUGAUGUGUAUUUUCAAAAAACAAAGGCUGCUACUAUUCUGUCCAAGUCCACUUUAGAGAACCAGACUUGGAGAGCCACCACUCUUCCUACGGAUUUCCACUACGAGACUAAUGAUCUUGUCCAGCUGCAUCUCAAACCAGGCACCAGGUUACUUAGAAUGGCCCAAGGCGAGAGGACAGGGACCGUGCAUUAUGAAGAAAUUGGAGACUAUGAUUACAACAACCCGAACGACACCUCCAACUUCUGCCCUGGAUUACAGGCUGCAGACAGUGAUUCUGAAGAGUCAGAUGACUUAUUUGUGGGACCAGUUGGGACCCUUGACCUUACACCUGAUCCUCACCAUCCACCUAAGACAACACAGGAGAACGAUGACCUGCCUGAAGUCCAAGGAUUAGAUAUCACCACUUACGGGGAGUCCAAUCUGGUAGCGGAGCCUCAGAAGGUAAAUAAAAUUGAAAUUCAUUAUGCCAAGACUGCCAAAAAGAUGGACAUGAAGAAGUUGAAGCAGAGCAUGUGGCAUUUGCUGGCAGACUCCUCAAAGCAAGCAGAUGCCGAGGCAAACCACAGAGAAACUGGAGAAGAGGAGCAGCCGGUGGAGGUGGCCAACGGGAAGACGCUCAGUAGGCUCACAAAGGACCUGCAGAAGAGCCUACCUCCCGUCAUGGCUCAGAACCUCUCUGUACCUCUGGCCUUUGCCUGCCUCCUACAUUUAGCCAAUGAAAAGAAUCUAGAGCUGGAAGGAAACAAGGAUCUUUCUGACGUCUUUGUGAGGCAAGAGGAUGAGUCCUCCAGUAAGCAGGCGGCAGCAGGGGCCACUUCACCUGUUCAGUGACCGGGACGUCUCCACUCUGGGUGUCGUAGUGUCUAGGGCACGUGGCGAGGCUGUGGCCACCGCCCAAGUGCCUCUGUCUGUCCUCAACUAACGUCUUCUGUCUUGGGGUGACCACCUAGGAGGGAGGAGAGGGUGAGGAUAUUGUGUCCAUUCUUUGUAUCCAUGUCUAGUUUUCAUCUCCUGAGUUGAUCUGUUUUCCUCCACACCUUACUCUCGUAGAAGAUCAUGUCCCAGGAGGCACUUAUCCUGUAGCAGCCACCUAAUCCAUGUACAUAAAGUAUAUCAUAGUGCACUUAUAGAUGUAUGUAUAAUGCUUAAAAAUAAAAUCAUGUGGAAAAAUA